CCGGGCGGCCGGGGGGCGGCCGGGGGCCGGGGCCGGGGCCGGCGGGCCGCGCGCUCACCUGCCGUGGAACCAGUCCUUGCAGGCGUCGCACUCGAUCAUGAAGCGGCCAACCAUCCUGAACAGGAUCCUUGACUCUCCUGACACUCAGCCCCCAGAGGAGGACAGAAUUCAGGGGAGCCAGGAGUGCGCUGGCACAGGCAGCUCAGUGGAGGUGCUCCCCGCUCUUGAGCCAAAACCCGGCCCAGCGUGGCCAGCCGCCCUUCCCCAGCAGAUGACCCCUGGACCACAGCUCAGCGGUGCCAGCGGCAGGGCCUUAGCUGGAAGGCUCCAGCAUGAGGACUGUCACCCUCCCCUCUGGAGUCCUCCUCCCCAGACCUGGUGCCAAAGGCUCUGCCCCCUGCUCCACAGACAGGUACCCAGAUGGGUGCCAUUCUCCGGAACACCCAGGCGGAAGCCGCUCGGUCCCUCCCGAGGAGCUGGCCGGCUGGCGGGAGAGAGGAGCAGGCCGGGAGCUCAGACUUCCGGGGACUUGAGGCCAUUCCGCCUGCUCUGCCCUCCCCAUCUGCAUGUGUCCACUGCACCUGGAAGUGUCCACAGACAUGCUUUCCUGUUACCCAAAGCUCUUCUGAGGCUGCGGGCUGACUACAGACUAAAUGAGAGGCUAAUCCCCCACGGGGUGUGUGCGCCCACCUGGAGACUGCUCCCCAUCUCCCAGGUGCCAGCAGCACCCAAGAACCCUGUGCAGUGGCUUCUCCCUUCACCUGUGGCUUCUCUCUCCACUGAUGCCUGCCCUGAACCUAAGCCCAACCUUGCUCUGCAGACAACAUUCGUCCCCAACCCCAGCAGCCCUCCCUGCCACACGCCCUUGCCCUGUAUGCUCUUUGUGUUCUUACCUGAUACAGCCUCACAUACACACCCCUGGACUGCACCCUGGACCGAAAGUGCCAUGAAGAGCUGGCCCUUGCCGCCCUCUAAGUCUGGUACUAAGUCUAAAUCUGAACACUGGUACAACCACUGUGUGGGGCCUGCGUCACAGCAGAACAUAGUGGCGGGAAGACACUGCGGUGGUGCUGGGUGCAGUGCUAGGCUCAGUGGUGCUGAUGGCGGUGGACCUGGGCGCAGUGGUGCUGGGGGCAGUGGUCCUGGGCGCAAUGGUGCUGGGCGCGGUGCCCCGCACGCAGACCCCUCACCAAGCGUGCUUGGGGGCUGGAGUCCGCUGUAAAGUUCCCACAGACGUCUGUGGGCUGCGGAGAGGGACAGAUGCAGGUGCGCCAGGAGGCGAACAUCGCGACUGAUUUCUGUUCCUUUCUGUCUAGCUGCACUCUCGGAAGUUACUACAAUAAACGUAUUACUUUUGAGACAAGCAAACAUGAUCAACAAAAGCUCUUUUAACAAAGAAAAACAAGUGUUUGACCUGCCCCAGAGCAGCGGCUAGGCCGCAGAGACCGUCCUCACCCACACCGGCGCCGGUGCCCGCUGGGGCGCUCGGCCCAGGCGGCCGCGGGGCGGGUACGAUGCGCGCGCAGCGCCCGUGCGAGUGGGGCGGUGCCGGCUCCACCCCGGGCACAGGCCGGAAGCGCUCAUGGCCCCGCCCCGCCCCGAGCACAGGCCGGAAGAGCUCCGGCCCCGCGCCGUCCCGAGCACAGGCCGGAAGUGCUCGCCGCCCCGCCCCGAGCACAGGCCGGAAGCGCCCACUGACCCGCCUCGAGCACAGGCCGGAAGUGCCCGUGGCCCCGCCCUGCGUCGUCCAGACCAUAGGCCGGAAGUGCUUGCGGCCCAGCCCUAAGUACAGGCCGGAAGCAGCUCAGGCCCCGCCCCGCACACAGACCGGAAGCAGCUCAGGCCCCGCCCCAGCGCACAGGCCGGAAGGGAACGGGUCGUCCCUCCGCGAAUAGCCAGUGUUGUGGCCGGCGUUUACCUAAGCGCCGGUUCGGGUUUGUCCUCAGCGCUGCCGGCUGAGCGACCCUGGAGCGGCCACAGCAGCGGAUGGGCAGAGCCGCGGGGGAGCCCCGAUGAUGGCUGACGUGGGCAAUAGUAGCAGCAGCAGCACUCAGUGCGCUGUCUUUGGUCUCGAGCCUGCGGUCCGACCAUCGGCCCGCGUGUCUGUGGUUCGCGGGGCUCGGAUCCCCACCCGCUCGGAGUCCCGGGUGCUCGCGAGCCUGCGGUCCGAGGACCAGCCCGGUGUGUGUUGUCGGCUGGGCUCG